GACUCAGAGGCGAGUUCCCGCCCUGAUGGGGAGGAUGCUGUUGCAAGAAAGGGGAGUGGCCAGGGGCUGGGAUAGGAAGAGAACCACACUCUGGGGCCAGAGGGGGAGGCCUGUUUCUUCCCUUUAUUUCCCUGCAGUUGCCACUGUGCUCAUUGUCACAGGGACAUCGCCCUGAGCUGCACAGUUGGAGGGUGAGCCUGUCCCUGCUGAUCUGAGCUCUGCAGGCCACAGGGACCCACAUCUUCCUGAAGCGUCUCCAGGACCCGGGUGGCACUGUCCAUGGCUGGUGACAUAACAACCCUGUGACAGGCAGGAGGGGCCUCCAAGUGACCACCACACGUGCAUCUGUCUGUCUAUCCUACUGGCACCGUGGCCUCCUCCAUCCGCUCAGCUGAGGCCUCCGGGAGAAGAUGCCAUGACCCCCACCCUCAGGGCCCUGCUCUGCCUUGGGCUGAGUGUGGGCCUCAGGACCCCAGUGCAGGCAGGAACCCUCCCCAAGCCCACCCUCUGGGCUGAGCCCGGCCCUGUGAUCUCCUGGGGGAGCCCCGUGACCAUCUGGUGUCAGGGGAUUCCAGGGGCUGAGGAGUACCGUCUGGAGAAAGAGGGAAGCCCAGCACCAUGGAAAAUACAGAAGCCACAGGAGCCCAGGGACAGGGCCAAGGUCUUUAUCACACACGUGACAGAGCAUGAUGCAGGGAGAUAUCAAUGUCACUACCUCAGCUCCAAAAACUGGUCAGAGCGCAGUGACCCCCUGGAGCUGGUGAUGGUGAAUGGAUCCUCCAGCAAACCCAGCCUCUCAGCCCUGCCCAGCCCUGUGGUGACCUCAGGAGGGAACGUGACCCUCCAGUGUGGUUCAGGGCAUGGAUUUGACAGGUUCAUUCUGACUAAGGAAGGAGAUCACAGGCUCUACAGGACCCUGGACUCACAGCCACAGCCCAGUGGGCAGGUCCAGGCUCUGUUCCCUGUGGGCCCCGUGACUCCCAGCCACAGGUGGAUGUUCAGAUGCUAUGGCUGUUACAGGGACAGCCCCCAGGUGUGCUCACCACUUAGUGACCCCCUGGAGCUCCUGGUCCCAGGUGAGUCUGGGAAGCCCUCCCUCCUGACCCAGCAGGGCCCCAUCGUGGCCUCUGGACAGAGCCUGACCCUCCAGUGUCGCUCUGAUGGCGGCUAUGACAGAUUCGCUCUGCACAAGGAGGGGGGACGGGACCUCCCCCAGAGCCUUGUCCUGCAGCCCCAGGCUGGGCUCUCUCAGGCCCACUUUCCCCUGGACAUUACCAAUGGCUCCCACGGGGGCCGGUACAGAUGCUACAGUGGAUACAGGCUCUCCUCUGAGUGGUCGGCCCCCAGUGACCCCCUGGACAUCCUGGUGGCAGGACACCUGCCUGACAGACCCUCCCUCUCGGUGCAGCCAGGCCCCAGGGUGGCCUCAGGAGUGAACGUGACCCUGCUGUGUCAGUCACAGAGACCGAGGGAGACUUUCCUUCUGUCCAAGGAGGGGGCAGCCAACCCCCCGCUUCGUCUGAGAUCAGAGCACCGAGCUGGGCAGUACCAGGCGGAGUUCUCCAUGAGCCCUGUGGCCUCAGCCCACGGGGGCACCUACAGGUGCUACAGCUCACACAGCUCCUCCCCCUUCCUGCUGUCACUCCCCAGUGAGCCCCUGGAGCUCCUGGUCUCAGGAGACGUCCCCAAACCCUCCAUCGGCGCUGACCCAGGCCCCAUCGUCACCAAUGGGAGCUCUGUGACCAUCUGGUGUCAGGCGCCUCUGCAGGCUAGUGCCUACCUUCUAUAUAAAGAGAGGGGCUCUGAGCCCUGGGAUACCAGGACCCCACAGGGCUCCAGCAACAAGGCUGGUUUCCUCAUUGGAACCACGACCCCAUCCCUCGCAGGGCUGUACCAGUGUGCAUAUUACACCACUGGGGACAUACUGUCUCAGAGGAGUGACCCCCUGCUCCUGGUGGUGACAGGAGUGGGCAGUGCACCCUCCCUCUCAGCCCAGCCAAGCCCUGUGGUGGCCUCAGGAGGGAUUGUGUCCCUCUCCUGUAGCUCUAACCUCACAUCGGGCACUUUCCAUCUGCUGAAGGAGGGAGGGGCUGACCCGCCCCAACACAUGGAAGCAGAACCGAGGAUCCAAGCUGGGAGGAGGCAGGCCAAAACCAUCUUCCCUCUGGGCCCCGUGAGUCCCUCUCAUGGGGGGACCUACAGAUGCUUCAGUUCUAACAGCUCCUACCCAUACGUGUGGUCACAGCCCAGUGCCCCUCUGCACAUCGAGGUCACAGGUGAGGGACAGACCCGGGAGCAUCCCCAUCUGUUUCCUGGGCCCAAAUACCUGAUCUAAACUGUGUGCACAGCGGAGCCCUGGGCUCUAGGGGGUCAGUGACACUGGCCUCUUGGGGAUAGACCCACAGG